GUCUUCCGUGUGGCUCCCACAUAGUCAUGUUCUCAACUGAUCCUCGUCAGCCAACGGCCCUUGAGCUCCUCCACCGACACUAUGUAAUUGUGCAGUUGAUGCGCGUGGGUCUCCUGGCUUGCCCUCAUUCGAGUCCUCCGGGGCUUUUCCUCCAAGGACAUGUUGCAAUCUGGAGGAUCGUACCUUUUCGCUGGACCGCUCCUUGUUCAACGCCCUCCUCAGCGAUCCCAGGAUCUUGCCUGCCCUUCCUGCCCUGGCGAUCCGACAAAUCCACCGCGGCCCCGCAUACCGUUCCGUAGUUGUCAAUCUGGAUAUUCUUCGGUCAUCGUUCCAUGAAAGCAAAACCCUCUGACAUCCACUUCUCCACAAGGAAACCUAGACCAUGGGACGGGGGCACGACAAGGCAGCGGCGGCCGCCAAUUUUCUCGAACUGUCCAGGGAUGCUAGUAUCGGGAGAAAGAGUGAGUGGGAGAGAGAGGCCCGCAACGCUCAAGCUUUUAUGGACGGCAUGUGAGCGUUUAUCAAACGGCAUAUCCCCAGUCUCGACGCCAUCCUGUGCCUGCUGUCAAUUCAAUUCUUCAAGCGUCUUUUGUCGUUGGCGUUCUCAAGUAUGGCCACGGGACAGUCGGUCCAGGGAUUGUUGUCUGCAGUUCCUCAAUGCGCUGUAUGGUGAUAUCACGGCGUAUUCCAUCUGCCCCGGCUGGACUCUUUGAUGGACGAUGGCUGACACGAGGCUUAGGCUUUGUGCGCCGAAUCCCUCUUUCCAUCCUCGACAUGCGCCCCGACCGACCUGGCAUGCAUAUGCGCUGAUGCAUCUCUCGUCACGCGCAUUGAGCAGUGCAAUUCCGCGAACUGCACCGUGAUCGAAGCUUUGCGUGAGUUAUCAGUCUGUUACCACCGUGGCCUGCAUGCAGUGGGAUGAUAUGACCGGAGAGAGAUUGAGAGGAAAUCCUCCUUGCCUGAUCUGACGAAUCUUUCACACAGGCGCCGUCAAUCUCACGGAGAAAGCAUGCGGUGUGAUGCCGAAAAACACGUCCCACACCUAUAUCAUCGUCACAUCCAUCUUCAUGGCCCUUGCCGUCGUCUUCUAUCUGAUCAGGCUUUCUGUCCGACCGCCUCUUACUCCGGGGUUCCGAGUCGACGAUGGGAUUAUGAUGGUGGCAACGCUCGGCGUGGUUGUCUUCACGUCGAUCAACUUUCAGGCUGCACACCUUGGCUUAGGGCAAGACCUGUGGAACGUCCCACCCGACAACAUCGACAUCGUUUUGAAGAACUUCUUCAUCGGCGAGUUCUUGUACAUCUUCAUCUCGGUCUUGACGAAAUUGGCCGUCUUGUCGUUCUACUUGGCCGUCUUCCCACAGCCGCACUUCCGGAAAGGCGCGUACGUCGUCAUCGGCCUCUGCAUUGGUUAUUUUGUUUCGUACAUGUUCGUUCUCGGCUUCGAAUGCACCCCCGUGGCCUUCUUUUGGGAGCAGUGGCGCGAUCCCACCGCGGGAACGUGUAUCAACAUCAACGCUGGAGGCUGGGCGGCCGCGGGCAUCAACAUCGGGCUUGACCUCGCCAUUCUCGCGCUGCCGGUGCCCGUCAUCCUCCAGCUCGAGAUCUCUCGACAGCAGAAGCUCCAGAUCUUGAGCAUGUUUGGAGUGGGCUCGUUCGUCACCGUUGUCAGCUGCAUCAGACUACAAUCACUGAUCAACUUUGCAAAGAAUUCCAACCUUACCUUCUACCUACAGCCAAUCUCCAUCUGGAGCUCCAUCGAACUGGAUAUCAGCAUCGUCUGCGCAUGCAUGCCGGCCGCGCGGCUGUUCUUGCAGAGAACCUGGCCGUCGAGAUUCGGGACGUCCAAAUCCCAAGCGGGCGCGUACACCCGCCAGCCUAGCACAUUCGAUGCGCCCCAUCAUCAGUCGCAGUUGUCGGGACGCCUGGCUCGGGAUUACUCAGUAAAGUCCGCCAACGCGAACGUGUCGCAGCCUCGGUGGGACAAUAACGACGUGGAGCUGAUGGAGUCCGACGGUUGGCGGGGGGCAUCCAGGACCUGCGCAGCAUAUGUUCCGACGACGGACGCAAGACAUUACUGAAUAUUCGAGGCGAUCACGCCGACAUGCUCGGCCUGAUCACGCUCCACAACGUCGUCGACGUCGCCAGUGGUCUCGGUGAGAUGCCUGUACAUCUCCUCGAUGUCGGCCGGUUUAGAACGCUCGAGCUUGCCGGGCUUCAGGCCGCACAGGCGGCAGAACAUCAUGAUCGUGGACUUCCACUUGUCGGCGUCGGCGCGGUUACCGUAGCUGCCCAGUCCCAAAACCGUCUUGGACCCUGACGCGCGAGAUGGGCACCUCGAUGGCGAGUACCAGACCCUCAACAGCGCUGCCAGCGAAGAGGUUGUUUGAGGCAACGCGCCCGGCCUCCAUAAUGACGGGGUCGGUGCCUGUGGUGCGGGCCAGCGCGUUGACCGCAUCGGCCUGGCCGUCGGAUGCCAGGUUGGCGGCGCACACUGCUUGGUGCGGAGGUUCUGGGCCCGAACUGUACAAGACCUCUACCGCCGCUCGGGGUGGACUCAAUAUCAUCACACACGAAUUAUAGGCUCGGGCCGAAACGAAUGGGUAUAAAAUAUGAGUAUACACGGAAGUUGAUUGAGUCGUGGUGGGCAGAAUACGUCUCUAAGAUGAAGAAGGACUACGAAUGGAGCCUGUAUCGCCAUGCUCGGCCAGAGCGUACCCUCUCUCCUGGCGUCGUGAUAAAGAGACCCUCAGGGUCUGAUCCGAAGUUCUACUGUAGCUGGCAUUUAUGCCGAUGAGAGAAGAUUGAAGACGUCCUACGUAGUGGUGUUUCAGGCCGUUCCAUAGUCUACAUCGUUGAGGCAUUCAUCUCACCCUUGAUGAGGCCAUCCCAUCUCAUCAUACCGUAUGGCUGCAGGCCGUCGCUACAUUGAUGGCUAUUGACUGAUAGGCCCUGCCGCAGGCGC